AAGCUUUGAAAUCAUGUGAGCGGGAAAAUUUUUAAAACACAAUAGCAUUUGCAUGCUGUAUACUUCAUCUCUCUCUCUCAACAAGGGGGAAAGAUCUCGUUCUCUGAAUUAGGGUUUAGGGUUUCCACGCUGAUCUAUGUGCGGAUUUUCUCAGAUUGAAAAGAUGGGUGUCGAAAAUUAUCAUGUAAUUGAGCUGGUAGGUGAAGGUUCUUUUGGGAAGGUAUACAAAGGAAGGCGGAAGUUUACAGGGCAGACUGUUGCAAUGAAAUUUAUUCUCAAGCAUGGGAAAAGUGAGAAGGACAUUCAGAAUCUAAGACAGGAAAUUGAGAUUUUGAGGAAGCUGAAACAUGAAAAUAUCAUUGAAAUGCUCGACUCCUUUGAGACCCCUCAAGAGUUCUGCGUUGUCACAGAAUUUGCACAAGGAGAACUCUUUGAGAUUCUUGAGGAUGACAAGUGCCUUCCUGAAGAACAAGUUCAAGCAAUUGCAAAGCAGUUGGUGAGAGCAUUGCACUACUUGCACUCCAACCGUAUCAUACAUCGAGAUAUGAAGCCACAAAAUAUUCUCAUUGGUGCUGGUUCUAUUGUUAAGCUUUGUGACUUUGGAUUUGCACGUGCAAUGUCCACAAAUACGGUUGUUUUACGAUCCAUAAAAGGUACUCCUUUGUAUAUGGCCCCAGAGCUGGUACGGGAGCAACCCUACAACCACACUGCUGAUUUGUGGUCUCUUGGAGUUAUCUUGUAUGAAUUGUUUGUUGGUCAGCCUCCCUUUUAUACAAAUUCAGUAUAUGCACUCAUCCGGCACAUCAUUAAGGAUCCAGUUAAAUAUCCUGACAACAUGAGUGCAAAUUUCAGAAGCUUUCUAAAAGGAUUGCUCAAUAAGGUACCUCAAAAUAGAUUAACCUGGCCUGCACUUUUGGAACACCCAUUUGUUCAAGAAACGUCAGAUGAACUGGAGGCCAGGGAAAUGCGUGCUGCAACUGCUGCAGCCAGGGGCUGUGAUGCAGCAUGGAGGGGUGAAGGAAACAUCAUCCAGGCUUCAACUGGUUCUACUGUUCCAAGUCCUGAGAAUAGAAGCCAUUCUCCUGCUGCUUUUGAGAGCAAUAAUGCUUCAAAAAUUCAAUCUGGUGCUCAAUCAUGUAGUCCUAACUCUGCUACAGUCAAUUCUUCACCACAUGAGGAGUUCCCGGGAUUUGGCAGUCCUAAUGAUGUUAAUCAGUCAGGUUGCCAGACAUUAGACAAAUUAGAAAAUAACUCUCGCACGGUCAAAGGUGCAAAAAUUAUUGGUCAAGACAAUGAAGCAUUAGCAUUUAUAUUGCUUCCACUAAAAAAAUGGUCUAAGGAGUCCCAAAACUCUGGCAGGGAUCAAGACAUGUUUAGUUCAAGCCAGUCACUUAAAAUUCUUUCAAACCUAGUUGCAGCAGGUGCUAUCCAUUCUAGUGGACUACUUGAUGAAAUAAUCUUUGAAGUUCUUGGAUUUACUGCUGCUGCAGUUAAUGUGAAAUCAGCUGAAGCUAAUGACUUAAUAGCAAAGAGCUUCUCAAUUAUCAAAAUGUUGGUAGAUAAUAGUGGAAGUGGCAUUGGGAGUUCAUAUUUCCGGCACUGGGUUUCCUCGGUUGAAAUCUUUUCCCAGGUUGUUGGCUGCAAUGAAGAUGCUUCAGGAAGAAUUCUGUAUGAGUGUAAUGCUUGCAUUGCAACCAUGUUAUCUCAUGUAGCUCAGGGUCUUAAAGCAUGUGCUCCAACGUUGGUUCCUGAUGCAGCUUCUUCUCCUUCCAGGGUGAACGAAAUCCUAAAUCGGAUUUUGGACCAUGCCAAAACUUCUGGUUUAGUGGAUCAUUUGUGUCUAUGUUUGGAAAAUGCAGGCUUAAGUCUCUUAUCUGGUUCUUCACAUUUAUUGCGUGCUGCUUGUGAAGCAUGCAGGGCUAUUUGGUCUCUAAUAGAUGCAUUGGAAAUUCUCUUUGUGAAAGAAAAUGUAUAUUCAUUUCCACUAAACACUUUGUGGAGCCACUCGUCACUCCAAAUUGACAAUAGGGAACAAGACCGAGGUUCAUUGGUUGGGAUAGAAUCAGCAAAAAUUGUUGAUGUGGUGACAAGAGCAUUCCUCCGGUCCAAAGACAUACAGGUUGCUAUCUACUAUUGUCUUCAUCAACGACUUGAAGCCCCACUUUCUGCUGGUAUCCAGCUAAUGUUGAGAUGCUGCCUGCAUAGUGGAAUUGUUCCAAGUGUUCUUUGUGGCCUUCGAAGUUCUCUACCUGUUACUACUAUUGUUAGUGGUGGAGGAGAUGGUACUAUUCUUUCAGAGAUAUUCUCCAUAUUAUCUUUUUGUGCUUCAUGUUCAAACAAAGAUGCACAAACUGGCGAAACAAAUAACUUGAAGGGCAAGAUAACCAAUCCUUGUGGCCUGGUUCUACAUUCAUGCCUUAUCAUUGCGACUGUUGCCCAGUGUUUAAAGUCAUCCGGGAGAAAUUCUGCUUUAUUUAUGCUCACAACUAAUUCAAAAAAGCAGAGUUCCAGACUUUCACUCCUUGCCCACCAUUUUUCUUCUGAUGAGAGGAUGAAAACUUCACUUCAACCUCAUUGUGCAUCAGCCAUGCUGGCUCUUGCAUCUAUUCUUUCCCUUGAAACUGGAGUUUCUAUUGAGUCCUCCAUCUCUGAAAUUGCAGUGCCACUGAUCCCUCGUACUGCCACACUUUGCAACCACCUCAAGAUUAUAUCAGGGGAUGAAAAUGAACUGGGUUCCACCAUCCCAAAUGGCAUGCUAUCUUAUUGGCAUGGCCUUAGGGAUGGAUGUGUUGGUUUAUUAGAAUCGAGGUUGAAGUGGGGAGGAGCAUUAGCUGUUCAACAGCUUUGUGCAAGUGGCAUCCCUCAGCUUCUUAUUAAUUUGUUGUAUAACAACCAUUCAAAGGCUUGUCCUCAAGGAAUUGACAGCACAAUAGAUCGAGUAGGGCUCUCAUCUGUAGGAGUUGUGUGGACAGUUUCUUCAAUAUGUCAUUGCCUUUCAGGUGGAGCUUUAACUUUUCGUCAGACUUUGGUUCGGAAUGAACACAUCAAGCUCAUCUCUUGCUUGAUAUCUGAUGUACAUCUCAAGCUUGUAAGGGUCUGGGGUGGUCCUGGUGGAGGGAAGGAUGGGGUCAGAGAUGUAAUAAAUGCAGUGAUUGAUCUCUUAGCAUUUCCUUUUGUCGCAGUACAGAAUGCUCCAGGUUUGCCAUCUGCCACUGCUUCUGUAAACAGUGGUUUUCUUUUAAACAUGGGUUCACCUGGUGGGAGAGUGUGCGUGGAAGACAAGGACAUGGUGAAAGCAAUUGAGGAUGACAUGGGAAAGUAUAUUAAAAUUCUUAUGGAGGUGGGAGUGCCUGGAAUUAUUCUCCGGUGCUUGGAGUAUAUGGAGCUAAAAGAUAUGGGAAGGCCUGUUGCUUUUCUUGCAAAAAUGGCAAGCCAUCGUCUUCUUGCGGUUCAACUUGUGGGCAAAGGCUUGUUGGACCCAAAAGGAAUGAGACGCUUGCUUGAUUGUUCAUGCCCUAGAGAGGUCACUUUGGAUGUUCUGAUGAUAAUUUCUGAUCUAGCUCGUAUGGAUAAGGCUUUCUAUGAAUAUAUAAAUGGGGCCUGCAUAUUAGAGUUCUUGAGGGAGUUUCUUACUCAUGAAGAUCCCAAUGUACGAGCAAAAGCUUGUAGUGCUAUAGGCAACAUGUGUCGGCACAGUUCCUAUUUCUAUGGUUCACUGGCUAGGCAUCAUAUCAUCAGUCUUCUAAUUGAUCGGUGUGCUGAUCCAGACAAAAGAACAAGGAAAUUCGCUUGUUUUGCAAUUGGCAAUGCUGCCUACCAUAAUGACAAUUUGUAUGAAGAGCUCAAGAGAUCCAUUCCUCAACUAGCAAAUCUUCUGCUUUCAGCUGAGGAAGACAAGACCAAAGCAAAUGCAGCAGGUGCAUUAAGUAAUCUUAUUCGCAACUCUAACAAGCUCUGUGAAGAUAUCGUGUCCAAAGGAGCCUUGCAGGCUUUACUUAAGCUGGUAGCUGACUGUUCUGCAGUGGCCCUGAACCCAACUAGAAAAGAUGCCAUUAACGAGUCGCCUCUAAAGAUAGCUCUCUUUUCUUUGGCAAAGAUGUCCUCCCAUCAGCCAUGCAGGCAGUUUAUCCGAUCAUCUGAGCUGUUCCCUGUAAUUGGAAGGCUUCGACAAUCCCCAGAAUCAACAAUUGCUAACUAUGCAUCUCUUAUCAUCAACAAGGUCUCAGAAGCUUGAAUUCCAACUAUGUAUACUCAAACCUCGAUCUUAUUAGCUUGGUUUCCUCUAAUCAGCUAUGGCAACACAGUUGAGUCCUGUAAGUAAUUCUUUGUAUGUAAUUUUCAUGUAUAUCAAUCCAUAGUUCAAAGUACCGAAUAUUUCUAGUUGUUGAAUAUAAUUUUUAUCAGGAAGCAUAUCCAACUCUCCAUGCCCAUUUGUUUA